UUGUUUCUUCUCGUAAUCGUUCAUUUAAACUAACGUAGUACAUCCGUUAUUUGAAUGAUCAAAUGCUAGUUAUCGAAGCAGAGACCUCUUGAGUUUUAUAACGAUUAAAAUUCGAACGAUAAGGAUAAAGUUACAGAUAUUCUUUGAUAAUGAUACUUACGAUGAUUAUUAUAGCAGAGGAUAAAGUACGAUGAUACGAUAGAUCCUUUAUAAAAUUUUUCAUAUAAUAAAAUGUUAAUAAAGAUAUUCGUUUAAUUUAUGUCGAGAGAAAGGCGCAAUUCGGCGCAUGCGCAAAGACUGUGUUUUAGAAGACACGUUAUGCUGCAAAUAAUAUAUAUGUAUACAUAUAUACAUUCAUUGUUACAGUUAUUUUACCAGCUGUAGAAACACCUUACAAAAGGUUUAUGUAUAGGAAAAAAAAUUUGGUAUUCAUAAUUGGUUUGAUAUUCAUAAUACACGAAAAGAAUUUUUUUUUUUUAUAUUUAUGAAAUCAAAUUUUUUUAAUUACUUUUUCAAAAUGCCAUUUUAUUAUGCUGUUGCUAAAGGUCGAAAGCCAGGAAUUUAUCUUAAUUGGCCCAAAUGUCAUGAACAAGUUAAUAAAUUUAAUGGAUCUAUAUAUAAAAAGUUUUCAUCGCAGUUAGAAGCAGAAAAUUUUAUAAAACAACGUGGUGGUUCUUCGACUACGUUAUCAUCAAGCAAGUUGAUCGAAGAAAAUAAGUUUGAAUAUAUAUUAAAUCAGGAAAAGAAAAAUAUACAGAAACGUACGUUGUCACCAGGAUCAAGAAAAUUGUCUUCAAAGUCUAAAAUAAGGAAACUUGAAUCUGUUGAAAUUUUAAAGAAUUCUCAUUGUACAUCUCAAGACACAAAUCAUAUUGAGGGAAAAGAAUAUGUUGAUGUAUAUACAGAUGGGGCAUGCUCAUCAAAUGGUAGAAGAGGUGCACGAGCUGGAAUUGGUGUUUGGUUUGGAGACAAUCAUCCUUUAAAUGUAUCCGAACCUGUAGUUGGUAGGGCAACUAAUAAUAUGGCAGAGAUUCAAGCAGUGACAGUGGCAGCUAGACAAGCCGAAAAAGCAGGCAUAAAGAAAUUAAAAAUUAAUACAGAUUCCAAAUUCCUUAUUAAUUGUAUCACAAAUUGGAUGCCCAAGUGGAAAAAAAAUGGGUGGAAAACUGCAACUAAUAAACCAGUUAUCAAUAAAACUGAACUUUUGGAAAUGGAAGCAGCACUUAAAUCUUUAGAUGUUAAAUGGAAUCAUGUGAAUGGACACGUAGGAAUCUAUGGUAAUGAAAUGGCAGAUAAAUUAGCAAGACAAGGUAUUGCAUGUGACAAGUAAUCUUUGAAAAAAUAAUGCCAAUUAUUUAUUUUGACAUUUAUGUAUAGAUAAAACAUUUUGUAAAAUUUUUCAUAUUUAAUGUCUAAUCUAUACCCUUUAAUGUUAAUAUUUAUAACAAUUUUUUUUAAAUUAUUAUUAUAAAAUAUUUUUGUAAUACGAUAAGUAUAUGAAAGUACUUUGAAAUAGUUUAUAAUAUUAUAACGUGAACUUCAAAUAAAAGGUACAUGUUUAAAUAAA